GCUGGCCCGGGAGGGCGGGCGGUAGCGCAGACAAAAUGGCGGCCCCCGUCUACCCGCCAUGGGUCACCCGAUGGCUCUCCGGGCAGUGGCGGCAGAGGAAGCGCCCGCCCGCCAUCCGCCCGACCCGGCCCCUGGUGCUGGCUGACAAGGUGGCGAACCGCAGGGAGCAGGCGGGAGAGGCAUCGUGCAUCACAGAGAUGUCAGUGAUGAUGGCCUGCUGGAAGCAGAAUGACUUCAACGACGCGGCGUGUGCCGAAGAGAUCCGACUGUUCUAUGACUGCGUGGCAAAGGCAGAAAAGGAGCGCAGGGAGCAGGCUGCAGAGGAGACACUGUCACCUGGGGGAAACCUGCCUUCAAGCAAAGUGAACAAACUCCUGAGGAGGUUUCCUCAGAUCACACGUUAUGUGUAAUGUGCUUUCCUAAAGGGACUGCAGACAAGCAAUUAAAGUUGGAGUCUUUGGCAAAAAAAGUGGACUUGAGUCAGCAUUUGGCAUCAGGUGGUAUCUGUCAGCACUGCUGUAUGGAUUCUGACUGCACCUUUAUUUCCAGAGUGAAAAACACUCAUCUUGACUUGUUCCUGAGGUUCUGGGGUCUUGCAGUCCUGGGAUUUCUCCAGUUUUGUUUGACUAGCCACAGUGUGGAGUGGAGGCUUCGCUGUGAAGAUCUCUCUAGGAAUGUAACUGCCUUUUGUGACAGACAGGGGGUGACUUUUCCUCAUGAAUAAGCUUCCUGCCAAACUUCUGGGCUGCUGUCAAAAAGUGCUCAGGCCCAGACAUUGAGCAAACUUCAAAAUUAUACUCAGCUCAUGGUUUGUACUCCUAGGUUGAGUACACACAAUUGGGUUCCUCUUGAAGUGUUUUUAAUUCCUGCUGCUGCACAAGAGGGCUGUAGAAUGAGGAAGAAAUCUCCAGCAAAAUAUUUUGUUAAUAGACAAUAUGUUGGUAAAGGUCAAAUACAAUUUUUAAAUGUAGGAGCUUGUGAUUGGGGCCCUCUGGUUUGCAGGUGGGACAAGUCUGGUGCCAUGUUGGGUUGAUGAUGUUGUGUGCACUGCAAUAAAAUACUGCAGGACUGUU